AACCGCUCGAAUGGGCUGGCGGAGAGGAUUAAAGCGAAACAAAAAUAUCUUUUGAUGGUCUACGUUUACCCAUGCAAGCCUACCGUUACACAUAUGGACCGCUAAGGGUUCUUAGGUCGAGGUGAAGAUUAAAUAACAACGCUGUAAACGAUUUAUCGUGGAUAUUUUAGUCUUUUUUCUUUGGACGUCUGUUUGUUGGUCUACACGGUUUUAACAAGCUAGCGCUAGCCUCGACUCUGGUGAGCUGAUUCUAGCUGCGAUGGUCGUCGCGACUUUAUGCGGAUGUCUCCGGACUUUAUGGUAAACCGACGGUAACAAAUGGGAUCAUCCAGCAUCGGCCGAAAACAUCGCGGCAUUGACUAAACAUUAAAGAUUCAGUUAAAUCUUUGAAUUAGUGGGAAUCCAGACAGAGGAUUCUGUGGACCCUACAGCAGCAAGCGUUUUUCUAGUUGGAUUUUAGCCCACUGACAUUCUCCCACAGCCAUGGAAUCGGAGACGACCCUUUGGACACUCAAGAUGUGACACAGCUCUACCAGAGAUGAGUAGAGAAGUUUUCCACCACCUGCGAGACGGUUGAUGACGAUGCAAUGGCAGCGUGAAUGAAGUUUGGCGUGGGGAGAGCUGAACGAUGCCCAAAGGUGGGGGUUCUAAAACCCCCCAGCUGGACCACUUCCCACUCAACACCGACAUGGUGGAAAAGCAGGGGGGAAAAAAGGAUAAAGUUUUGUCAAAUAAGACUCCUAAACUGGAUCGCAGUGAUGGCAUCAAAGAGAUGAAAGAAAAGGCCCCUAAAAGAAAGCUGCCCUUCACUGCUGGAGCAAAUGGAGACCACAAAGAUUCUGAUUCAGAAAAACCAGGUCCAGAGAGGAAACGCAUUAAAAAGGAGCCUACUAACACCCGGAAGGCGAGCUUGCCGUUUGGAAUGGGGAUGCCAGGAAUCCGGGCCGGGUACCCUCUUUCCGAGCGGCAGCAGGUGGCCUUGCUCAUGCAAAUGACAGCUGAGGAGUCCGUCAACAGUCCAGACACAACACCAAAGCAUCAGUCUCAGUCCAGUCUGGGUCAGAAGGGAACGCCAAACUCUGCAUCUAAAACCAAAGACAAAGUGAAUAAACGGAAUGAGAGAGGAGAGACUCGACUGCACAGAGCAGCGAUCCGCGGAGAAGUACGCCGCAUCAAGGAGCUCAUCAGUGAGGGAGCUGAUGUGAAUGUAAAAGACUUUGCAGGCUGGACUGCAUUGCAUGAGGCUUGCAAUAGGGGGUAUUAUGAUGUGGCCAAACAGCUGCUGGCAGCCGGUGCAGAGGUCAACACCAAGGGUCUGGAUGACGACACCCCUCUACAUGAUGCAUCCAACAAUGGACACUUCAAGGUGGUUAAGCUGCUUUUACGGUAUGGAGGGGACCCACGGCAAAGCAACAGGAGAGGUGAAACACCGCUGAAGGUCGCCAACUCUCCAACUAUGCUGAAUCUGUUGCUCGGAAAAGGCACUUACACCUCAAGUGAAGAAAGUUCAUCAGAAUCUUCAGAGGAGGAAGAUGCCCCCUCAUUUGCCCCAUCCAGCUCUGUUGAUGGCAAUAACACAGAUUCAGAGUUUGAGAAGGGCCUGAAGUUAAAAGGGAAAGCUGCAGACCCUCCUAAAUCUGCAGUCACACCCAUCAAAGAUGAAUAUGAAUUUGAUGAGGACGAUGAGGAAGAGCGCGUCCCUCCUGUAGACGAUAAACACCUCUUGAAAAAAGACUUCCGAAAGGACUCAAUAAGUAAGACCAACAGCUUCAUCUCUAUACCCAAGAUGGAGGUUAAAACCUAUUCCAAAAGCAACUCGCUCACACCAAAGAAAACUGUCAGGAGGAUCAUCUCUGACAGUAACAGUUCAGACGAGGAUGAUCGGACGUGUUUCACACCAGCGCCCACGCCGCGGCAACAAGCCCAGCAAACAAAUACGAAGACAAGAGACUCUGGCAGUAUGAGCUCUAAACAACAAAAAGACAAAAAUAAAGUCAAAAAGAAGCGAAAGAAGGAGAGUAAAAAUAAUGUCAGUAAAGAAGUCAAGUUUGGCAAAGUCAUCGACAAAUUCUGUACAUCUGACUCAGACUGUGGCGAUAUGGAGAGUGAGGAUGACAAGGGCUCAAAUAGUAUAAAAGACUCCUCUACAUUAAACCUUAAAGAAUCAGCUGGCUUUAACGCAUCCUCCUCUUCUUCCCACGGAAACUUGAACUCUCAGAAACAAGCGCCAUCAUUAGCUGAACAGCAUCCAAAGCAGUGGAGGACAGAUGGCUGGAAGACUGUGUCGUCUCCUACGUGGUCAGAUGUCAGCUCUCUGUCAGAUUCGGUCAGAACAACAAUGUCCAGUGAGUCUGACUACUCCUCUGCAGAUUCCAGUGUGGAGUCAGUAAAACAAGCUAAGAGAAAAGCGCAGGAGAACAAGAAGAAGAACAACAACGUACAUAGUAACACUGACAAGAAAAAUUCUGAGCUCUAUAAAAACUCCCUUGCAGAGAGUGCCGUCUCCAAAACUGAUGUAGAUGGUAAAGUGCUAAAAAAGCAUAAAGUGAAGCACAAGCAUAAAAAUAAGGAAAAAGACAAAGCUCCGAGUUUAGUCUUGAAUCAAGAUAUGAAUGAAAAGUUUGUGAAAAGCUAUUCAUUUGACUUUGACGAUUCAAGGCAGAAGUCGUUAAUUGUUGAGUCUGAAUCAACACCUGAGAGCAAAGUCAAAUUAUCCAAACACCAAAAAGACCAUUCAAAAAAGGAGGACAGGCUCACAAAAAACAAGUCUGAGGACAAGGACUGGUCAUCUGGAAAAGACUUGCAAAGAACAGCAAAAGAAGAGAAAAACAAGAAAACAAAAGACUUUAGCAAGGACAAGACAAACAAGGAGGACAAGCUUGUAAAAUCUGAAAAGGAAAGAAACUUCAAAGAGAAGGAGAAACCCAAGGAGGACAAACAGAAAACUCAUAAAGAAGAGAAAAAGAAGAAGUCCAAGGAGAAGUCCUCAAAGGCAGACAGGAAAAGUGAGCAGAAAGAUGAAAAACAUGUUAAGGUGGACAAGGAGAAAAACACCAAGGAGGAAAAGGAAAAAUGCAAAAAGGACAAAACACAGAAAGAAGAGUCUGAGAAUGAUGGCUAUGAGGUCAAUAACCGUUUCCUCAACCUGGAGGACACAAAGCUCAGUGCAUCAGAUGAUCAUCAUGACAGAUGGGGCUCUGAGAUGUCCUCCGACUCGUCCCUCUAUGGAGAUGACAGCUGGGAUGCUCCGGUUAAAGAAAUAAAAGAAGUCAAGGAAUAUAAAUCCAACAACACUGUUAAGCUAAUUGUUGAGACUGUUAAGGAAGAAACGAGGAGAAAAGAGAACAAAAUCAAGGACAAGAAAUCCGAUCACAGUGAUAAAAGAUCAGAGAAAGAAACAACCUCUAAGAAAAAAGACAAGGACCUUUCGGAGAAGACUAAUGAAAAGAAAAAAGAGUGGUCAGAAAAACAAAAAUUGAACUCCAGUCACUUAGUUGAGAAAGAAAAGAAGCGGAAAGAGUCCACAGAGGCUGUCAAAGACAAAAAAGACAAGGAUUCUCUGGACAGUAGUCGAGAACGUAAAGACCAGUAUGAGUUCAUGAAGGACAGAAAAGACUUAAAAAUCAAGCAAGAAGUUAUAGGAGAUGAAUAUGGCAACGAUUCUUUUUUUAAAGACGAUGUCGGUAAAUCUUCUGAGAUCAGAGAAAGGAACCACUCUGGAAAGGAGAAAGAAAAGAAGAGUGAGGGGAUGGAGAAGCGAGAAAAGACAAAAGCUGACAAGCACAAAGAAAAGACAAAAGACAGAGGAACUGAUCAGGAGAAAGACAAGAGUGAGCGAAACUCUACAGAGAAAACUGUCAAGGAAAAGGAUGCAGACCGGGGCACCAAAGACAAGAAGGAGGGAGCCAAAGACAAACACAAAGAUUCUCAUGGCAAAGACAAAGAUCGAAAAAUUUCUUCAGAGCAGACAAAAGACAAGAAAGAGAAAGCCUCUCAAGAUAAACAUACUGAUAGAGAGAGAGAUUUCUUGGAAGUAAAGAAAGAGGAACGAAAGCCUGAGAAAACCAGAGAGAAAACAUGGUACAAAAUAGAUGACGUAUUCACGGAUGAAAGUGAUGAUGACGAGGACAGCUACAACAGUGGUGUUGUGCUUGGGUCGGAGUCAAUCAGAAAAGACUCGACACCUGAUCAGGAUGAGCUGGAUCACUUUCCAUCAGAAAAAAUUAGAAAAUCCUCUGCAGAGACAAAACACAACACAGACAAGUCAAAAGAACACAAAGAGAAGAAGAAAGACAAGGCUGCAUUUGAGAUGGGCAAAGAGAGGAAAGGUUCUCUAGAUAAACACAACAAAGACAAGAAGGAUUCAGUAGAUGCAAAAUAUAAAGACAGGAAAGAUCGGAUGUCAGUGGACUCAAACCAAGAAAAGAAAAAUAAGCAGAAGCUCUUGGACAAAAGGGACACAAUUGAGGAAAAGACUAAGAGCAAGUAUAAAGACAAGCAGGACCAUUCAAAGGAACGGAAGCCCUCAAAAGGCAGCGGUGAGGACGGGAAGUCCCUCUUAGAAAAACUAGAAGAGGAAGCUAUGAACGACUACAAGGACGACUCCAACGAUAAAAACAGUGAAAUCUCCUCAGAUAGUUUCACAGAUAGGGGACAUGAUCCUGUCCUCACGAGUUACUAUGACCCAAUCAACCUGUCAGAUGUUUCUGAGGACCGAAGAGACUCCCUAUCCAUAUCUACUCCACAGGAUAAAUUCAGAGAAAAAGAGAGGCAUCGACAUUCCUCUUCCUCCUCUUCAAAAAAGAGCCAUGACAAGGAGAAAGACAAAGUCAAGAAGGACAAGGGAGACAAACGAGACAAAACGGGGGAGAUCAGAGAGUCCAACAGACAAGCUUUCUCUGGCUUCUCCCAGACUAGAGAAAGCCUCCCUUUUGAGAAAGAGCCCAUGCCUCUAGAGGCAGACCCUUACACAUUCCCAUUUGGAAGUAAAGGAGACGGCAAAGAUGACUUUGAUAAAACAUUAGAAUUUGAAAAAGAGAUGUCCAAAAAGGACAAAGAGAAAGCUACUGGCAUCAUAAGUGACAGGAUGAAAGACAAAAAGAAAAAGGAGAAAUAUAAGGAGAAAUUGAAGGAAGAGAAGAAUAAAUACAUUGAUGGCUUUGGGACAUUUAAACACUCCAAAGAGGAUGUGAAGUCAGGGUUGAAAGAUAGCCCCCAGGUCACUGUUCUUAAAGACAGAUCAAAAGAACAAAGUCCUAAAUUUGAUUUGAAGAAAGACAGAAAUCGGGACACAUUGGACAAAGACAACAGAGUGGAUCACAGUAAAUCUAAGGCUAAGGAUGAAAAUGAAAAGCUCACUCAGUCCAAAGACCCAGUGCGAAAAGAUAAUCGUCCACGCGAAAGACUGGUGGUGGAUGGUGAAUAUCAAAUGACAAGUUUCGGUGAAAUGUUGAGUCGGAGAGACCAGGAAAGCCUCAAAAAACGGAAAAUAAAGCCGAUGGAGAAGCUAAGACCCAAAUCAGGGGACCCAAAACUCAAAGUCAAAGCCAAGUCCACAGAGGAAGUGAGGAAAAACCGUACUGAGCUCUCAUCAAAGAAAUCCAACAGCCUGGAGUCUGGUCUGAAAGAGAAGAAACUUAAGGAUGUGGGUCUCCCAGCUCAGAUGAUGUCUCCAGGGAGGAAGUUUCAGCCUACCGACAGCCAAAACUCAAAGGACUGGCUGGCUGGCCAUCAGAUGAAGGAGAACCUCCCUGCUUCUCCCAGGCCAGAUCAAAACAGGCCAACUGGUGUCCCCACACCAACAUCUGUCAUCUCCUGCCCCAGCUUUGAGGAAGUAAUGCAGACUCCACGCACCCCAUCUUGCAGUCCAGAGGAUUAUCGUGACAUUAUGCUUGAUGGACUGGACUGCCAGACCUCUUCAGCUAUGACCAUGUCGAUGAAUGCCUGCUCCCUGUCCUUCUUUGAAAGGUACUCCAACUCUCAGAGUUUCCAGGAAGGUACCUGUCCUACACCUGCAAAGAACCUCCAGCUGCCACUCAUCAGCCGCUCUGCAUCAGCUGAUGUCCGCAGACCUCUAGAGGAUGAGUUCAAAGCCGAAGCUGAUAAAUUUCUUCGACAGCAGAAUGACCCAUCAGCUGAAUUUGAUUUGUCAUCUUCCUCUCAACCUUUGGAGGACAAGUCAGCGACAGUGGAUAGGUUGGAGUGCUUGUCAUCAUCAUCGUAUUUCUCCCCAAUGAGAAUGUUGUCUCCUCGCCGGGAACCAGCACAUCCAGCACCAGAUGUGGUGGCAACAACUCUAGGUGUUGUCGAUGGCAACGAGCACCUUCCUGACAGCGUAUUAACCAGUUUCUUGCCAAAACCUUCUACACCUGUUCAUGGACCAGACCCCCAGGAACCGUGCUUUGACAUCGCUGCACCACCAACCCCAGCUCCUGCUGCUUUGCCACCUCUGGAUAUUGAUGACUUGUCUGAGCCUCACCACAGUGAGCCAAAUCUGGUCCUCUCAGAUCUCCCAUCUGUCACAGAAGAGCAGGAGGAUGAAGAAGAGGAGGAUGACGAAGAAGAAGAUGAUGAUUUGGAUGAGAGAACUGAUGGAGACCACUGUGCCGUGGAACAGCCGCAACAAACAAGAGAUCAGUGUUCCUUCUCUCCUCAUCUUGAUGACCCUCUGAGGAAGAGCUGGUCUGCAGAGUCUCCAGACCGGCAGGAGCCAGAGGUCCAUCAGCUGUCCUCCUCUCACUCUGCACCUAACCAUGGAGAAAACUGUUAUGAUCACAGCAUGAUUUGGAAUUCUGAUAUGAACCUCAAAUCUCCCCGUGGAGAGAUUGAGGCCGCUGUCUCUAAAAUAACCAGUCCUUACUCCCAUUCUGACGACAUGCAGCCCCUGUCUGAACACCCCUCUGUCACUCCUCCAUAUGCUACAUGGAAUAGGUGGCACAAAGAGGACCCAGUAGACUUUGAUGAGCAGAAGGAGGCUGUAGCUGACAUCCCCUCUCCAGAGAGGCCUGAUACAGGUAUGGAUGGGGAACCCAACUAUUUAAACACCUCAUCAUCUUCCAAUAGGCUGGAGUCUUUCUUCCAGGACUGCAACAAGCCUAUGAUAGAGGAUCAGCACCAGAUGGAUACAGAGCCCACCUGCGUAGAACCAGAGAGCGGACAGAGCACACACAGCUUUAGUGCUACCCCCGAUGGCCACAUCGCCCCAGCUGUAGGUCCAGAGCCUGUGGUGCCGUGGGAAGAUCCAUUCUCAGCUGAUCCAGAUGACUUGGGGCCAUUCUCUUUGCCUGACCUACCGUUACCAGAUAAGUCAGAGGAAUCCGAGCCUCGAGAUGCUGAGCUGGGUGACCACAACAAGAUCAUUCCAUCUCACAUUAGACACACAAUCACAGACAGAGAUGACCCAGAUAUAAUGGAGGUAGACCUGCCUAGGCUAGCUAAGACUCCAUGCCCUACUGGAGACCUCAGUUUAGGAGAAUCUGCCUGUCAAGACUUGGUGGUGCCAUCACCGCAUAAUACCUUUCAGCAAGAAUUGGACCCUGAGGCUCAGAGUGUGCCCAACAACGCCCUGUCUCUUAACCAACAACAAGGCAGCAUUUUAGAAAGGCAGUUAGGGUAUGGAGGAUCUGAUGAGUCAGAUGGCAGUAUAUUGUAUUCGUCUGUUCAAGGAGAUACCUCUCACCAACAUCUCAUUCAGAUCCCCUCCCUCACUGAGACACUGCAGUUACCUCUGGAUUCAGUGCCUGCUGUAAAGCCAGAGGUGAGGCAGGGAGAGAUGUCUGAGACUGUAACGGAGACAUGUACUCCUCUUCCUCCACUAUCAGUGGCUGUCACCCUCUCAAGCUCAGUGGAACCACAAGAUACUCAGGAGCCCUCAUCCAAGCUAACACCGGUUAUCCCGACCACUGUGCCCAACGCUGUAGAUGUCCCCAAGAAAGUAGAAGAAAUCCCUCAAAGGAUGACUCGCAAUCGCGCCAAGAACAAUCCUACUGCUGCUGUCCCUCCUACCUCCAGCACAAUAACCUCAUCUGCCACCACCACUUCUUUGACAACCAGUCCGGUUGUGAGCAUUAACCCAGUCCCCACAAGAACCCCAACUCCCACCUCAGUUUCUUCCUUCCCAGCUCUAAAGAAAGACAAAGACUUUGGGCUAAGCAUUGCCUCUGCUGCAGUGUCUGUUCCUUCUUCUCUGACAUCUCCAUCAGUUGUUCUCACUAAGACAACAAAAGGUCGUCCCCUCCCGGUGGAUGACGAGGAAUCUCCAACUCAACACCCACGGAAGAGGAAAUUUCCACGUUCUGCUGGGCAGCAAGUUCAGGUUCAGUUAGUAAACACAGCCAUGCAGCAGACCAGAGAAAUGAUUCAACAGACCUUAGCCGUCGUAGUCAAUGCCAUCAAGCUGGAUGACAUUGAGCCAUACCACAGUGACCGGUCCAACCCUUACUUUGAAUACCUGCAGAUCAGGAAGAAAAUUGAGGAGAAGAGGAAGAUUCUGUGUUACAUCACCCCUCAGGCCCCUCAGUGUUACGCUGAGUAUGUGACCUACACUGGUUCAUACCUGCUGGAUGGCAAGCCGCUCAGCAAGCUUCAUAUUCCUGUGAUUGCCCCGCCUCCAUCGCUGUCAGAACCUUUGAAGGAGCUCUUCAGGCAACAGGAGGCAGUAAGAGGGAAGCUCAGGUUGCAGCACAGCAUAGAGCGGGAGAAGCUAAUUGUUUCGUGCGAGCAGGAGGUUUUAAGAGUCCAUUGCAGAGCAGCAAGGACGAUAGCCAAUCAGGCUGUGCCAUUCAGUGCCUGCACCAUGCUUUUGGACUCUGAAGUGUACAAUAUGCCAUCUGAGAGCCAGGGUGAUGAGAACAAAUCUGUGAGAGAUCGCUUCAAUGCUCGUCAGUUCAUCUCCUGGAUACAGGACGUGGAUGAUAAAUAUGACCGCAUGAAGACGUGUCUGUUGAUGCGGCAGCAGCAUGAGGCAGCAGCCCUUAACGCAGUUCAGAGGAUGGAGUGGCAGUUGAAAGUCCAGGAGCUGGACCCAGCAGGGCACAAGUCCCUCUGCGUCAAUGAAGUGCCGUCCUUCUACGUGCCCAUGGUGGACGUCAACGACGACUUUGUCCUGCUGCCUGCGUGACACACCACUUCUUCCAGAUCGAGAUCAAUCUCUGUCUGAGUCACUUCUUCUCAAAGAGACUUCGUUAAACAGAACGAAUGGAAAGGGCUAGCAAGUUCGAAAGAGUUCUCUCUAAAGGAAAAAAUGGAUCUUUAGAAAAGGAGUAAAGAUAACAAACUUGCUCUUGAUAGCCUUCCAUGAAGAAGGAAACUUGUUUUUUUUACUGGAGGAAAAACAAAUACACAACUUGCACUUUCAUCCUCAAAGUUUUUGCUCUUUUGUUUGAUCAGAGUGUGAAAAGCAGAAACAGUUUUUGUUUUGAGGCUCUGACGCUGGGACACGACUCCUCAGCACUCGGUUAUGGUGAGACGAGGCCGGACGGAGAUUUCUUUUCUGCGUUUGUUUUUGGCCCCCAGCUUCAAUACCCAUCACCACUGGGAGGACGUAUCAGAGAAGAGCUCUCCCAACAGCGUGAUGCCUGUCCAGAGGGAGGCCUUAGAUGAAGCCUCCCCUGUUGACACGGGGCUCUUGAUGGGCCAGGAGAUCUUGACAGAGACCAGCGCUGACCUGGAGGAUUCGAAAGGAGCCGUGGUGCAUCAUGUGGAUCUUCAAUGACUCCAGGAAGCCAGAAGCAGCCACUGAUGGUUUUUAGGCUUCAAUCGUUUACCCAUAGGACACCUGCUCUGUUCCUACUGCACGAGGCCUAGCUAAACAGUAGUGAGACAAAGCCUGCAGCAGGUUGAACACAGCAGAGAGGUUAGGAUGUGCGAGCACGUCAGGGCCCAGUGUCUGAGAGGAAGAGACUGACCAUGCAGCCUCUCAGCCUGGCUAAACAGAAAAGGAUGAGCACAGAUCUCCGAGGACAGACCGGAGUGUUCCUCGGUGACUCUUGGCUCUCGACACAAACCCAUCAGACCGCCAUGGACUGCAAAAACACCACAGGACAAACAGAACAAACAAACCUAACGAAUGUUGAUAUUCAAAGAGACAAUUGAGAAAUAGUGGUUUGGCAGGAGGAGAGAUAUUGUUUUUGUCUAUUUCUUUACUUGGGCAUUUCAUUGUUUCUGAGGAAGUGACUUGAAACACUACAGAGCCAAUAUUAGUUUAGUGGGAAAAAAACAAGAAAAGAAAACAGAAAAAAAGUUGUAUUCCGUAAAUUAUGUACAGUUUUUAUAUUCGUUAACCAAUGUAUUCUUGCUGCCUUCUAGAUAAUUUAUUUUGCCACACAUUACUGCACAGUUGUAAAUAACCUAUGUACUGUAAUAUCACUCAGUUAAGUGUAAAGAAAAAAAAAAACAGAAAAGAAAUAAAAAAUUAUCUUUUUAUGUACAGUUCACUUUUGGGCAGCACUUUUCCCCCCGUUCAUAUCCAAUGGGCCAAAAUGUGUACACGAUUCUGUCAGUAUUUGAAAGACUCCAGUGCACAGUUGUAUGAUCCCAUCUCCAGAUUCAGUCAACUCACCUGGACGCGAGUUGCCGCAACAAAAAUCACUGACAGAGAACUCCUCUGGAUUAAAACAGGCCAGCCACCACACAGCCCCCAGAUGUAGCAGAAACAGUUGUUGAGGAUUUAUUUAAAGAAUAAACAGAGGAUUAUUAUUCAUUGCUUUACUACACAAUUAUAUCUGAACAUUUUUGAACCAAGAAAAUGCCUUUUUCAGUGAAAAAAAAAAUGUACUCAUUGUUGGGCAAAGUCACAUAGAUAUAUAUGGGUGGGAAAGUUAGAGAGAUGUCAUUAACAAGCAAAACCAUCAUAAGUGUUGAAUGUCUUCAGAUUAUUUCUUGCUUGUUUUUAAUUUGCAAAAAUUGGAAAUCAUUUCCUACCAUCACAAACACCAAAACAUGGGUCUUUCAGCACUUCACUUCGUCUUGUCCUCACAGCUUAUCCGAUUUUCACAUUGCAUAGAUGAAGAGUUGGAAAAGCCCAUAAAAGGACUCUUAACAGUCUGUCUUAAUCUUCAAGGGGCUUGGCUAGUGAUUUUAAAUGUUAGCUUACUUUCUAAUAUCAUUCAGUUUUGUGGUGACACCAGCCAUAAACAUGUCAGAAGGGCAGACAAGUAAUGAGACUUAAUCUUAGAAUAAACCAAAACUAGUAAAUGGACAUAAACAUAAAUAGUGGAGGGGGAAAGAAACGACAUAAAGCUGAUUAUUUUUCUUUUUUUUUAAUAGUAAGGAAAAAACAUUGACAUGUUGAUUUGUGAUGACUUGAAUUGGAUCUGUUUUAGUGGUUUAGAAAAGCUUUCCCGACCCAGCACAAAGGCUACCUGCCUGUGUGUUAGCGCUGCUCACGUAUCCUGAUGGCAAUAUUAUCUGAAACCAUUAAGUUAUUUACACACUGUCACAUUCAGCAUAGCUGUGUAUGGUAUGUCUAGUCAAGUGCAGUGGUUGUUGCUUUUACACUGUGCAGACAAGGUGGCUAGAUGUAUAGUCCUGGAUAUCUUUGAGGGAUACACAAAUCCUGGUUACAUAUACAAACAUAUUUACGUACAAAUAGCCAGAAAUUUGGUUUGAAAGCCCUGUUUGUCUUGUUUUGAUUUUAUUGUUGGUUUCUCACAGUUUUUUGGGGAAGAAGGUGUCUUUGUUCAGAGUCCUUGUGUGUGUUUUCUUUAAAGCUAAGUGUAUGUAGUUUUGAACAUUGUGUUUAUCUCUGGCUCUUCAGUUUCCAGCAUGUCAAUCACAUUGCUUAUCAAGCAGAAUGUAUACCGCUAACUAUGCCCUGAGCGCCCCCCUCCCCCCGUUGUUUACAAGACAUCAUUUCCGUUUCACAUGCCCCCCCCCCAAACCCUUUUAUUUUUUAUUUUUUUUAACUGUUGAAGCCCUGUCUUUGUUUAUACUUCUGUGAUCAGUCGUUUUUUUGAACCACAAAGGCUUGAAAUAGUGACAAGACUGUCAGGAGAACUCUCCCACCUCCCCCUCCCCAACUGCUGCACAGAGCAAUAGGCUAAAACGUGUCCGUACACACCGAUCAUACACGAACAUUCAGCUAACGAGAUGAAUUGAAGACAGAUGCACAGUAGAGCACUUGGCCGUGGUGAUACAGAUGCUAGCCUGGCACCACCUCAGUCAGCAACAUAUUACCUCUACUCUCCUCACAUUCACUCAUGAUGUUUAUUUUUUAGAUUUUUCUUUUUCUUACUGGACAUAAAUACACAUAUUUGCUAUAUAUAUUUUUUUUCAUUGUAUAGAAUCACAAUUUCAAGCCUUUUUUUUCUAGUUUUCUUUUGCUUUUUGUUUAAUUAAAACCCAGACUGUAGCUGUUUCUUUGUUCCUUUCUUUUUUUAGAAUGAAAAAUGACUAAUAAAAAGCAUGGAGAACUACUCUUUAAAUGGUGAGAAAUAACCUAUUUAUUAUCUUUUUUGUUUUGUUUAGUUUUUUUUCUGACACCUGUGGUAUGUUUUGAGUUUGAAGUUGGUCUCCGCUGUGUAAAUUUUCCUCCUUGUAAUGCGUGAAAGAGACAUACUGUACAUAGCUCUGUAAAUAAAACCUCCCAGGACGUUUUGCACCCUCCUCUUUGUACUAGUCUGAAAAAACUGCGUAGAAUGUGGGGUUCUAACAGCAACGGGCUGUGUGCGCUCGCUGCAGGUGAUUAUGAUGUAACAAUGUAACUUUUUUUUAUUUGUACAAUGUAGUUUAUUUGUGUACAUAUUGUUGGAGCAGCUAAAGGGGUGGGAGGGUGGUAUACCCGGGGGGGAGGGAGGGUUGUUAACGCUAUCGUCAGUGCUGUAACAGAACUUUCAGUACUUUCACCUCUAGCUGUUGUUGAUUUCCUGCAACAAAAAAGAAAGAAAAAAAAAAAGUAAAAAAAAAAAAACAAAAAGAAGAAAAAAGA